UAAACCGAGAGCUGGGCUUUGAAAGAGCGGCUCUGAUUAGCCAAUCCGGGCUCACCGGCAUGAAAGCCCACUUGUGAUUCGUCCUAAGUGGACCAAAGCCCGGGUGACUAGAACCGAGCGGACCUCGAGGACUGGGCAUUUUCCUUUCGUGAAUGAGAGCUCUGACAGCACAGUGAAAGUUCCUGUCCUGGGAUUGCCUGGAUGGCGGGCACGGUGCUGGGAGUGGGUGCCGGCGUGUUCAUCCUAGCCCUGCUCUGGGUGCUGGUGCUGCUGCUGGGUGUGCUGCUGUCCAGAGCCUCCGGGAUAGCUAGGUUCUCAGUCGUUUUUGUCUUCCUCACUGCUGUGAUCAUCACAGCAGUUCUGCUGUUCUUCCCCCGAGCAAGUGAAUUUCCAGCCCCAGGAGUGGAAAUGAAGAUUGUGGACACCUUUUUCAUUGGGCGCUAUGUCCUGCUGGCUUUCCUCAGCGCUGUCUUCCUUGGAAGCCUCUUCUUGGUUCUAAUGUAUCACGUCCUGGAGCCGGUCUGUGCCAAACCCCUGCGGUCCUACUAAGCAUGUUUGGGAAACAGAGCCCCGUGGCCUCCUGUCCUUCACGCGGAUGCCACUGAUGAGCAGAAAGUCGCCUUCAGAGCCUUUGUCUUACAGCCUUCAUGUCUUAGGAGUAAAGGACAUCAUUCCCUAACAGCCCUACAGACUCCAAGAACAGGGUCGCAAAAUAGUCUGUGGGGACAGAGUCUCCCCCACUCGAGAGAGUGCUGCUGUCAUCUUGCUAGCUGUGUGGCAGGGAUUUCACAUUUGGAAAGGGAAAGAAUCACCUGCCUAGCGCAGAUUUGCAGUAGUUAUUAGUAAGUGGAUUUGGGGGUAUGUAGGCUUCCGCACUCCAGUAGAAGAAUCUGGAGCUUUUUGAUAACACAAUAUGAAAAAUUAUUUUUUGGUUUUUGGUACUGAAAAACCCAUGGCCUUCACAUUGAGCUAUGCA